AAAAAAGCGCGCUUUAUGACCCUACUGUUAAGAUUGCAAAAGCGGGAUUUAUCAAAUGGUUUUUCGGGGGACUAUAAUUGUACAAAACAUUUCAAAAAUCAAAUCACCGUUUUUCACGUGACUCUAAAAGCGCGCUUAGUUCUCUUUAAAGUCCUAAUGUCCGUAUCGGUUCACUGAAAGGGUCUGUUUAGAACAUACUGACAAUGAGUGUCCAAAGUUAUGACAGAAAACUUACAUGUUCUUCUUUAAAGCGAAAUAUUCAAUUGUUGGAAAGGGCUUCAGGGUGCUUUACAUGUUCUAUGUGCUCACAAAACAAGGGACUGAAUGAUGGCCAUUUAAAUUAUCUAUCAAAUGUAUCUCAUAAACCUGACUCAAGUACUUCUGAUCCCGAAGUUUUUGUUUCACAUUUAACGAAGUAUCAUUCAAAUACUGAAAACCAUUUAUGCCUUUACUGUGACUCCAUUGUUCAUCGAAAUUAUUUGAUGAUUCACAUUUCCCAGCACUUACUAACUCCUUCCUCUUCAAAAUCUCCGAGAAUCUUUUCUUGUCCAUCUAAACCUCAGUGUUCUCAUGAAUUUAGUACUGAUCGUUUUCAACAUAUGCAGAUUCACUGGGACACUCAACAUAAUAGUUCAUCUGAGACCCCCAAAUUGCAAUGCAGUCAAUGCAUGAAUACAUUUUCUACAUUGUUGGAAUGGGGAGAACAUAUUAAAUUAAAUCUAUGCUCACUUGUACACUGCACUUUCCCUGGUUGCUUUGUGAAAUCGCCAUCUAGAACACUUAUCUUGGAUCACUUUCGACGAAAGCAUACUGAUUUCCUUGAUCUCAAAGAAGAAACUUCGUUCCAAUUAUUUCGCGAAACUUCGGAGUUAAUUUGUAACCAUCUUGUUACAACUGUCGCUAAGUUAGAUAAUGCAUCACAAUAUGAUUGCACUUCCUCAUUGACUGUAGUUGAUCAGGCCUCUAUUGUUAACAAGAUAUUUUCAGAUAUGUCCUCUCCGUUCGUCUUUCUACUUCGUUGUCCUUAUUGUGAUCUUACAACUAUUCGGUGGAUUUAUUUUCUGAUGCAUCCUGCUUCCUGUACAGGUAUAAGGGCAUAUUUCCGUAAUCGCCGCCAAGAAUCUGAGAAAGUACUGCCUCUAGUUUAUCGCUGCCAUAUUUACUGGUGUUCAAAAUGUCAGGUGGUAUCUACAGAGCAGAAGUUAAUUGCGGAGCAUGUUACUUAUUCUCAUAAUCCCAAGGAAGCAUCAGUCUAUCGGGAACACCUACGCGUUUCUUUACUGGAUAAUGACUCUGAACCGGUUACAACUGAUUUAUCUCUCAAUACUGAACAGAAGUCGGGAUCCUCUGCAUAUGCUCUUGAUUAUUUUCCUUCUUUUUCCUCAGUUCCUGAUGAUGAUGCAAAGGAAACUGAAUCACCUAUGAAUCUUGCAGCUUUGGCCCGACCUAAUGCACCAACGUUAAUGAGUUUAACUAACCGAGUUCAACAAACGCCACCAAGCAAUGUUCAUACAGUCUCUAUUGAUCAGUCUUCAUCUAAUAAUAACGGUAUGAUAGUUAGUAACAGUUUGACCAGUAUUCCAGCAAGUUCACCAAUGAAUAUAAUAAAUAACGCUUCUGGAAACUUAAGUGCAUGUGAUGCAGCCUCAGCUGUUGCUGCUAUGGCUGCAGCAGCUCUUUCAGGUUUGACAAACUUCAACAUAAAUAAUGCUGUUCCGAAUUCAGUCAGUACAUUUUCAAAAUCUUUAGCUCGUGAUAUUUCAUCUCCAAUACCAAUUCAGCCUAAACCCAGCAUUCUGUCUACGGAAUCACUAGAUCCAAUUCAAGAUAGUAAAGAAGUCAACAAUAAUGAUGUAUUGGGUUCUCAGUCCAGCGACUCCUUAGACUCACUAGACAAAUUUGCUGAUGAUAACCUGUCGUCGGAUGAAAUUAUUCGUGGAUGCGAAGGUUUAGUUUCUUUUCCAUUCGAUGAAUGUAAAUUCCGCAGUGAACUACGUGUACAAUUGCAACCUCAUGUAAUAGAUACAUUAGUUUUAAAAAUGAAGCAAUUCUCCUCUUACUUUGUCCGGAUUUUAGGGAAGGAAAAUCAUCGUCGUAUCCCGGUUUGUCCAGAAUGUGAUAAAGUGUUUCCAUACGGUCUUGGUGAUUUUAAACGACAUUUACUUACAGUGCAUCUGGAAGUCCCCAGAGAACAUUUGAAAGAUUGUUUGCGUUUUACUUAUCUGCCCAAAAGUGAGGAGAGGUUUCAGGAAGUUCAAGAGCAGCUCGCUAUGCGUCAGAUGAAGCCUCGUGUCCUCGAGAUUGGGCGCCGUCGUAUUCCUUUACCAUACUCAAUACGCGUUUUACGAAGACUGACUGCCCAUCUUCCCAUCGCCACGCGAGAAUUCCUGGAGCAAAAGAUGCAGUUGUACUGUCGCCUGUCGGUUAUAGUCGAUACACGCGGAGGGUUUCGGCGGUACAAAUGCAACCAUUGUUCUUACUCAUCACCACAUGCCCUGGCUGAUGUGAGGAAGCAUAUAUUGGGGUCUCAUUGUGGCAUAUCGACUAAACAUUUUCGCCACUGUCUCCAAGCAUCCCGCCUGGAUCCUGUUGAAUUUACUUUGUUCUCUGAUGAAAAGUUAGCUCGUCUCGCCAGAGAUUUUUUACAUAGACGUCUGGUUUCAAAUAAUCCAACCAGCCCAAACGCUUCACCAAAUCCAGUAGAUGAGAAUCAUCCUAGUUCUUCUGAGAGCCCUUCUACGACUUUGGCUACAGCGUUGAAUAGUUUGUCUUGUACACAAGACUCGUAUGGUUCUAAUUUUACUGCCGUUGUUCCGGGUUCCAAAACCAAAGUUACUGUAAGAAUUCGACCCAUGGUGCCUCCAGAUUUUCAUCCUCCUAAUUCUACGAGUCCUAUCCAAUCAACUGAUGAUCACAUCAAUGGUUCCCCUGUUACAUCUAAUAUAGAACAGUCGACAACAUCUAACUCAAGUGUGGAUUUAGCUUCACUCCCAUCUAUACCAGGAAUAGAAGGCGCUGAUAAGGUUGUUGAUCUUGCCUUGCCAUUUUCUGAACCAGUUCUUCGUCAUUUGUUGGAAUCCUCUGGUGCUCCUGAACACCAUAUAGAAGACAUAGUAUCGAAAAUGCGCGUAUAUUCAACUUAUAAAAUGAGCCGAAUAUGUCGUAAUGAUCGCACUAUAGCUUUCCGCUGUCCAUGUGGGCGUCUUUUUAUCACUACUCGACAACCUGACAGUAAAAUUCGCGCCGCAACAUUGGCUGAUAGUAGGCGUCAUGUGAUGGGUGUUCAUGCUCGUAUUCCAAAUGUAUUUAUCACCAUUUGUUGCCAGGCUUCUCGUAUUACUAGGGAAUAUGAUUUUCAAAUCUAUCCUGAUGAUAUGCUUCUUCGACUAGCUAUGGACAGACCCAUUAAACUUAAUAAUCUUCCUAAUGUUGGUCCUCCUGACGUAACCACUACCAGUAUGAAUGGUCGUUCAGCACCAUCUAGCUUCGCAAAACCUUUGAAAGAAUUGGCUCCUUAUCCUUCUGUGCCUACAACAGCACUUCAGCAGUCGAUGAAUACUCACUCUGUUUCAUCUUCGCCUCGAACACAAAUCACAGAUGUUACUGAAACAGACUCAGUAAGUGAAGGGACUGAUACCGGUGCAGCAAGUGGUUCAAUUUGUCAUGAUGAUUCACUCACUAAAUAUGACAGUAAUGAAAAUGAUGAUAAAGAAGUUUCAGAUAUUGAUCCUAAAAAGAUGCAGAAAGAAGUGGAAGAUCCACUUGCACAUUUAAAUGCUGUCCAGGCUUCUGGUGCAGAGGAAGUGGAACGUGUUAUUGAUCUUCCAUAUUCAUCCGAAGCUUUAAAAACUUUAGUACAAGGCUACUGUCCACCCAACUAUUUUCCGGUUCUUGAGGUUUGUAUAACUUGCUGUUUGCUUUAAUCAUAGUAUUUGCGUAAAUUAAGCCUUUUAACAGUGUUGGUACUUAAGCAUCCAAAUAAUCUUGAAUCGAAGAAAAAUCUGUAUUUUCAUUGUUUUACGUAGUACCAUCCUUUUCAUCCAAGUCAAUCCAACAGUUAAACUUGUUUGAUAACAAUAUUUUAAUCACGCUGUAUCUUAUUCCUAUAGUUACAGGGUGUUUUAUUACUCAAACCACUCACAUAAGCAUCAAUUUUGAUCGAUCAAAGUGUCUUUUAUCAUCGAGAAUAAAACUUUGACGAGCAGAUUAUUAUAUAAAUCCCUGCACAGCUGCUGUGCCAUAUUUAUGUAAAGUAGAAUAAUUAUUGAUAACUAUUAUUCCAAAAGUGAAAAUGUUUGCAUUUUUCACGUUUUCUGUUAUCUUUUUUAUAGUAUUUACAUUAUUGAUCAUAGAUAAAUGAAACGUUGAUUAUUUUACAGGCUAAAAUGGGUGUCUACAGUUCACUAAAAGUGUACAUUACCAGACGGCGAGGUAGGAGAUAUUUCUGCUGCUCUGGUUGUUCCUCAUCUUCACCACAUGGAAUGGGUGACAUUCGAAAGCACAUACUGGGUGUGCAUGCUAAAGUACCGGAACGCUACAAAGCUGCUGCUAUGCAUUGUAGCCGCCUCAGUCGUGAAGAUAACACUCUAUUACCAAAUCAUGUUUUACUUCACUUGGCUAAAAUGAAAUGGAAAGGAACUGUGAUUAAACCACUGUCUGAAAUGGACCUCAGUCAGUUUGGGUCUCGUCGUGCAUCAGCUGUUGGUUUACCUCGCCCAUCAGGCCAGUUUGCGUCUCAGGUUUAUCAACCUACUAUCCACCGAGAAGUUGUGAGUUUUAAUCGCCCUGAACAUUUUUCUUCCAGUCCAAGCAAACAUCCAGUGAAUAAAAGUUUGUCAAAGAUGUCUGCUCAAGAUGCUGGAAUCGUAGAUGAAAGCGAAGCCACCGAUCCAAACAGAACAGGAGGGAAUUUACCAGAAGAAGAUGGGACUAACGAACAUGAAAGUGAAGAGGUGAAUGGAAAUUCUAGUGUCGUUGAUAAUGAUGAUAUGGAUUUACCCAAAAUACCAACUAACAUUUUCCACAAUUCAAUUGAUUACCAAUUAAGUGAUAAUAGUUUCGAUUUGUCAAGACCAGCUAAAAUAUUACGGCUUAAUGAUAGUGCUGAUGAUGACAAUACUCUUAUUGUAUAUCCAUUGCAAAUCAAUGGUAUUUCUUCUGUUCAUAGUUCUCAUGAAAAUAUCCCUGGCUUAUGUAAUCCCUUUCCAGCUAUUCAAAUAUCUAAUACACCUGUAUUUGAAGCACAAAACAAAUCAACUAUUACUCUUAGUGGGUCUAGCCGUCGUAAGCCUAAUAAAAUGCACUUAGUACAGCUAAGACCAGAUUAUUAUUCAGAGUCGAAUUUCCAGUCGAUUCAUUCAAUUAAUCCUCUGGUUGACAAUUCUACAGUUUCCUUAUCAAAUCAACAGUCUAAUGACACAAAUUCAAUGCAUUCUCAAAUAACAAAUACUGAUAAUAAUAGUAUUGUCGGAACAGACUGUGAUCACCUUACUAAAAUCAAUCAUCCACCUGUUAAUUCGGUACAUAAUCGUAUAGGUGUAUAAAUAAUUUUUCAUAUUCAUAUCUAUCACAAUGAUAUAUAAUGUUUCAACUCUGGUAGUAGUAUUUUGUUUUUUACGUACUAUGUUUGUGUGAAAAUGUUAAAAUUUCUUCCUCAGACAUUAUAUAUAUGCAUAUGUACAUAAUUUACUUAUUUUGUUGAAUAGAUACGUCUGCUUGUUUGUAUUUUUGGAUAUUAUUAUGUUUCAUUGCAAAUUUCUUGACGUUUUUCUAAAUUAUUUUUGUGUAUUUGCUGUUUGCGCAUUAUAAUGUUUUCUACUAAUGUAAUUACAUGUGGGUUUUUUUCUCUUAUGUCCUUUUACACAUUUACUUUCUCUUAUUCUCUCGUGUGUUGUGUUUAACUCCGGUUGAACCUUUUCUUCAUGCACAUUCUUUUGUUUAUAUCAGUAUGAAUGUAGGUUUACGUGGUUUGUUAACCUACAGUGCAGCUGUAGUAACUAAUUCAGGUGUACUGUUCCUCAGAACAACUACCUCGAUGUGGUAUUCGCUACUCUCUUUUUCUUUCCCAUACAUUAUGUAUUUUCUAUGGAUAUGUAGUUGAUCAUUCAAACUUGAUUUACGGCUAAUGAUAAAGAAAAUAGUUGGAGCGCAUUUAAUCUUUUAACCAGUGGCUUAUGCUGUGAACUCACUAAUUUCUCAUACAAAAUCUGUUUGGUAACUUUCUCUAAAUAAAUAUUUCUCAACAAUUAAGUUGAAUAAUACUAUUGUGUGUAUUUCUCCUCCGGGAUAUUCUUUCCCUCAAACUUGUUUAUGUCAUAUAACAGCAUUUUUUUUUCUCAAUGUAAUAUUUAUCCCAUAUAUUUAUUAUUUGUUUAUGUAUAAUGUAGUUGAUAUUUAAUGACAUUCUAUUGCUGAUUUUGUUCUUGUUUUAAAGUCUAGUCGUUGAGAAGUUAAAAAGCGAUCAAUACACUAUAAGAAAUACAUUAUAAAAUUAAAUGUUAAUUUUUUUUCUCUGUCUCUUGUUUGACUGUUCAAUUAAGUGUUUCGAUCUACUACAGCUUGUUUUAUUUCAGAGAGAUAUUCAAACCAUUUUUCCUUUUGUAAACCAGUUUAUCUAUUUGUUCCAUUCAAUAUUCAGUUGUAUAAUAAAUAAUAGCUAAUGCUUUAUUCAUAUUAUUUCUCUUGAUCUCUACCAUUUUGUUCUGUUUUUAAUUAUUGAAUUUGUUACAUUCAACAUUGGAAUUUGUACAUUCUGCACAAAAUAACUAUAGUUAACGUUAUUGUGUGCAUGUAUACACCAUUUGCAAUACUGCUGAUGAUAAUAAAACAACAUCUACUAAUG